CGAUUCAAUUGCAGAGUCGAUUCUCAGCAGCAGUGUUUACUGUCAGCAGACCAGCGGCUAGGCUUUUCCGUCUUAUAAGGGCUGAACAAACAGACUGACACUGAAGAGCUCUCAGUAGCAUCCACCUGGACGGACUUUCUGGUUUUUCGACCCUUUGCAGGAUAGCGGAUCAGGUCUUGAAACAUGAGCUCUGUGGCAGUGUUGACUCAGGAGAGUUUUGCGGAGCACCGCAGUGGCUUGAAGGACGUUGAGAUCGCAGGUAGUGUGCCAGAAGAUGAAGCGUAUAUACCCACCUAUCUGGAGGCCUUUCCACCUUUACCAGACAAGGGCACUCCAGGUGAGAAGACGGGUGAGCCGGCUGGUGCCUGGAGCAAAAUCCGACCAAUCAAAGCCUCUGUCAUCACUCAGGUGUUCCAUGUCCCACUGGAGGAGCGGCGGUAUAAAGACAACAGUCAGUUUGGUGAGGGAGAGGAGGCGAAAGUGUGUUUGGAUAUCAUGCAGAAGACCGGAGCACAUAUUGAACUCUCUCUUGCCAAGGACCAAGGCCUCUCCAUCAUGGUGACUGGAAAACUGGACUCGGUCAUGAAAGCGAGGAAGGAGAUUGUGGCCCGACUGCAAACUCAGGCCUCAGCGACUGUGCUUAUUCCGAAAGAACAUCAUCGGUUUGUGAUUGGAAAGAAUGGAGAGAAGUUGCAGGAGCUGGAGCUGAAAACAGCCACCAAGAUCGCUAUCCCGCGCUCUGACGAUCCCAACGCCAACAUCCGCAUCACCGGCACCAAGGAGGGCAUAGAGAAAGCUCGGCAUGAAAUCCAGCUUAUCUCCGCUGAGCAGGAUAAGCGUGCUGUGGAACGUUUGUCUUUUGAGAAGGCUUUCCAUCCAUUCAUCGCUGGUGCAUAUAAUCGACUCGUUCAAGAGCUUAGUCAAGAGACCGGAGCUCGUAUUAGUAUCCCGCCACCCAGUGUACCCAAAGAUGAGAUUGUCAUUACCGGCGAGAAGGAGGCAGUUGCCAUGGCGAUUGCCCGCAUCCGGGCCAUCUAUGAAGAGAAGAAACGCAAAACGACCACAAUCUCAGUGGAGGUGAAGAAGUCACAACAUAAGUACAUAGUAGGCCCCAAAGGAAACACCCUGCAGGAGAUCCUUGAGAACACGGGGGUGUCUGUGGAGAUGCCCCCUCUGGACUCUGCAUCAGAGACCAUCAUCCUUAGAGGCGAGCCGGAUAAGCUGGGUCCGGCUCUCACACAGGUGUACGCCAAGGCUAAAAGUGUGAUAGUGGUGGAGGUGAUUGCCCCAGCUUGGCUCCAUCGUUUCAUCAUUGGCAAAAAAGGACAAAACAUCAGUCGCAUUACUCAGCAGCUGCCUAAGGUGCAUAUAGAGUUUACUGAUGGAGAGGAACGUAUCAGUCUGGAGGGACCGACGGAGGAGGUAGAACAAGCCCAGGCUCAGAUACAGGAGAUCAUCAAAGAUCUGAUGGCAAGAAUGGAUUAUGCAGAGAUUAACAUUGACCAGCGUUUCCACAGACAUCUAAUUGGCAAAAACGGGGCCAACAUAAAUCGGAUAAAGGAGCAGUAUAAAGUAUCAGUGAGGAUUCCUCAGGAUUCGGAGCGCUGUGGGCUGGUUCGUAUCGAGGGCGAUCCGCAGGGAGUACAACUCGCUCGCAAGGAACUGAUGGACAUGGCCCAGCGCAUGGAAAAUGAACGUACUAAAGACCUGAUAAUAGAGCAGAAGUUUCACCGCACUAUCAUCGGACAGAAGGGAGAGAAGAUCAAAGAAGUACGGGACAAGUUCCCUGAGGUCAUAAUCAUCUUUCCAGAUCAGCAACAGAAAAGUGACAUCGUACAGCUCAGAGGGCCUAAAAACGAAGUGGAGAAAUGUGCAAAGUUUCUGCAGAAACUCAUCGCUGAGCUGGUUGAGAGCAGCUUCUCGAUUUCUGUACCCAUCCACAAGCAGUUCCACAAAAACAUCAUUGGCAAAGGAGGUGCCAACAUCAAAAAGAUACGUGAGGAGACCAACACCAAGAUUGAUCUCCCAACGGAGAACAGCAACUCUGAGAUGAUUGUAAUAACUGGCAAGAAGAGCAGCUGUGAAGCCGCACGAGAUCGGAUCCUCGCCAUUCAGAAAGAGCUGGCCAACCUGAAGGAGGCUGAGGUUUCCAUCCCAGCCAAGCUGCACAACUCUCUUAUUGGAUCUAAGGGCAGUCUAGUGCGCUCUGUGAUGGAAGAGUGUGGGGGUGUUCACAUCCACUUUCCUGCGGAGGGCUCAGGGUUGGACAAGGUCACUAUUAGAGGUCCUGCAGAGGAGGUGGAGAGAGCCAGGAGACAACUUCUGCAGUUGGCGGAGGAGAAACAAGUCAACAACUUCUCAGUGGAGCUUCAAGCCAAGCCAGAGUACCACAAGUUCCUGAUAGGCAGAGGAGGAGCCAAUAUCCGACGGGUACGGGAUCGAACCGGAGCACGAAUUAUCUUCCCAUCGCCAGAUGAACCAGAACAGGAGCACAUUACCAUCAUGGGUAAAGAGGAGGCUGUAUGGCUCGCCCAGAAAGAGCUGGAGACCCUCAUUAAAAAUCUGGAUGACGUCAUUGAAGACAGUAUGGUCGUGGACCCCCGGCAUCACCGUCACUUCGUCUGUCGGAGAGGACAGGUGUUGAGAGAGUUGGCGGAGGAGUAUGGCGGUGUAGCUGUUAGCUUCCCUCGCACAGGCACACACAGUGACAGUAUCACUCUUAAAGGACCCAGAGAGUGUGUUGACGCUGCUAAGAAACGCAUUCAGGAGAUUGUUCGAGAUCUUGAGUCACAGGUGAAUGUGGAGGUGUUGAUUCCUCAGCGGUACCACAGAGCCAUCAUGGGACCCAAGGGUUGCAAAAUACAACAAAUUACACGGGAUCAUGAAGUUCAGAUCAAAUUUCCAGACAGAGAUGAGUCUGCAGCUCAGGAACCUGCAUCUCAAGAGAACGGGGACACAGACCUCAUCCCUCGGAAAUGCGAUAUCAUCACUGUGACGGGACGGGCCGAAAAGUGUGAGCUGGCUUGUGCAGCUUUACUUGCCUUAGUUCCUGUGACGAUUGAUGUUGAGGUUUCAUAUGACCUUCACCGUUACAUCAUAGGGCAGAAAGGAGCUGGAAUAAGAAAAAUGAUGGAGGACUAUGAGGUGAACAUUUGGGUUCCUCAGCCUGAGCAACAGUCAGAUAUCAUAAAGAUCACAGGACAGGUGGCCAGUGUUGAGCGGGCCAAACAGGGACUGCUGGAGAGAGUCAAGGAGCUGCAGGCGGAACAGGAAGAUCGGGCCUUACGGAGCUUUAAGGUGACGCUCUCUGUAGACCCCAAAUAUCACCCCAAAAUUAUAGGCCGCAAAGGAGCCGUCAUCUCUCAAAUACGCAAAGACUACGAUGUCAAUGUGCAGUUUCCUGACAAGGGUGAUGAGCAGCAGGAUGUAAUUGUGAUCUCGGGUUAUGAGAGGAAUGCUAACGAGGCCAGGGCGGCUAUAGAGCAGCUGGUGGCAGCGCUGCAGGAUAUGGUGAGCGAGGACAUCCGGCUGGACCGGCGGGUCCACGCACGUAUCAUUGGAGCACGCGGCAAAGCCAUUCGGAAACUCAUGGAGGAGUUCAAAGUUGAUAUACGGUUUCCUCAGCCAGGUUCUGAGGACCCGAGUAAGGUUACUGUAAGCGGACUACCGGAGAAUGUUGAUAAUGCCAUUGACCAUCUCCUCAACCUGGAAGAAGAAUAUAUGUUGAACGUCACAGAGACCGAGACUAUGGCAGCUUAUAUGAAGCCUCCUUCAAAGACGAUGGGGACAGGAGGAAAUGACGAGGACAACAAAGCUCUAGCUAAAGGCUUUGUUGUACGAGACGCCCCUUGGAACGCACAAGGCAACAAGGCACCAGACAUGAGCAGUGCAGAAGAGUUCCCCACUUUCGGAUCUGGAAUAGCCCCGAAACAGACAUCCGCAUGGGGACCCAAAAAGUGCUGAAUGCUGAAUGAUUUCUUCUGCCUCCAGAUUUCACAUCUCUGGCACUUGAGAACAAGAACAUUCCGUAUUUUUUGCUCUUGUCUUUCUCCCGGUGCGUUUAGUGCCCUAGGAGGAGUUACUUCUGUCCUCUCCUUCCUUUGCCUAAAUAGUUCCCUAUCAUUGGUGGAUAGAUGUUCUUCAACACUCCUCAACUGCCCGCAGGUGGUCACACGUCAGUUCCUGUUCUGCCAGUCUGAAUUCACGGAAACAAAACCACAAGUAGCAGUUACAGUCAUUAUCCAGCUGUUGUUUUCUUGAGUUGGGCGACAAAUGGCUAGGCAUUGAAGAACAAGGCAGAUUUUUAAAUUUCUCAGACUAUUUAUCACAAGAGAACCCCUAGUUCACUGUGUAUGAGUUCUUUUUUAAGUCCUUGAUGGUUUUUACUGUUCUUUUUACUUCUGUGGUGUGUGUGUGUGUGUGUGAGAGAGAGCGAGUGUGUGUGUGAUCCAUCUAAAUGCACUCGGUUUGUUGAGUUUUCACUCAAUACUGUACAAGAGAUAAACUCUGGUCAAUACUGAUCUUUUUUAAAAUAUUUUUUCUGUAUUUAUGACUGUAUAUGUCUGUUAUUUAUUGAUUUUCUUCAGUGACUGAAUAUUCAAACUGAUGGGUGUGGAUGGUUUUAAAGCAUAAAAAGUAUUAGGUAUUAUUUUGCGGUAUGCUUGGUUUCUUUUGCUUCAGAAAAUUAUUUGUUUGUGUGUGUGUGCUAGUCGUAGCUCCCGUUCAAAAGAUAUGUGUGUGUGAUUUACUUUGCAUCUCCAAAUUUUUGUCAUUCUGUUUGUUUAUAAAUUAAGUAUUUUUCACUUCACCUUUGUCUUCAUUUCUUCAGAAGUAUGGGAGAUUAAGAAAUGUGAUUUAAUUUCGUACGUCUUUUUUCAUUUUGAACCAGAGCGUACAUGACAGACUUUUAAGAUUUCAAAUUAAAAGUCUCUGGAAAGUUGUUUAUUAAUAGAAGAUUUCAAAGUAAAAGACUAUAAUUAAAGCAACUGUAUGUAGUUUUGUGUACUUUUUAGACUUUGGAGCCCACCUACAGUGAGUGUCGUAAAAUAUAUCACUGUCGUAAUUUCAGUGGAUGGUUGUGUAAUGAUGCCAUAAAGCAGUUUGCUCUUUAACGGAAUUUCAUUCUCCUUUACUAAACUUAGUUUGGGUGAAAUGUGGGAAUGAAACACAA